UCCACGUACCCCUCCCAUUACUACUUUAGAAACUUGCGCCCAUUCAUUAUGAUUCAUUUACAUUCCGGGCACGGAUUUCCACAAAGAACGGGAGUGGAUGACAGAACAACAGACACAGAAAAGAGGUAACGAAAUAUAGUGGACUGGACUAGAAAAAGUUGAUGAACAGAAUAUCACUGGCUGUUACAGUGUUGCAACACUACAAGAGAGACGCACACAUUAUAUUAUCUCAAGGUUUAGAGUGGUGAGUCAGUCCACUGCAGAGCAGAGCCCCUCUCCUCACAUACAGAGCUGCCAGACAAGGUGUUCUCCAGGAGUGUUGUCCCCCCCACCACUCUAUCCAGCCCCUCAAGGCUGAGAGGAUCAAAUAACUACACAACAGGACCGACAGGAUCCACACUCCUCUGGACAGGAUAUCCUAAUAGUUGAUAGUAAAUGAGGAGGGGAGGUGAUGAUGUCUGAGGACAGCUGUGGCCGAAAAUGCUGCAGGGUAAUGUAUAGCUGCAACUGGAGGCAGCCCAGUGAGAGGAAACGAAAAUGCUCCUGCUGCUGGUUGUCGGUCCUUACCGCUGUGUCCCUGCUCACUCUGUUCUGGAUGUACGUCUGUCUGAUGGCUUUCAAUGACCGUGAGGAUGUCAACUGGAAGGCCUUUUCCAUUCUUAAACUGUGGGUGAACUGGUUCAUGGUGCUGAUCGUUAUCGCUGCCGUACUGACCAUCUACUGCAUCCUGCUACUGGUAUUUGCACUAGUCCAACUUGCCUUGAAAGAGCCUUUGGACUUACACUGUCUACACAAGUUGUUCCUGUUUUUAGGUGUGGUCUUCAUCGCCCUGGGCACCACUGGAAUAAGCCUACAGUGGAAAAAAGAGUGGCACACUGUUCUCUUGUCACUACAGGCCACGGCUCCAUUCCUACAGAUGGGAGGGGUUGGAGCCCUGACCUUGGUAAGCUGCCUGGUGUUCCAAUGUUUCCAAAGGACCCGCAGAAUAGCCUCUAAGAUCCUCAUCAUGGUAGUGUUUGCUGGCGUGUCGGUGGCAAUCUUCCUCAGCCCCCUCCUCAUCCAAUCCCCUUGUCUGGUGGAGGAGAAACAGCUGCCCCCUAAACCUGCCCUCAUUGGUCAUCGCGGAGCACCAAUGCUAACCCCAGAGAACACCCUGAUGUCGUUCAGGAGGAGUGUGGGGUGCCACGUGAUCGCCUUUGAGACGGACGUGCAGCUCAGUAAGGACAGAGUUCCUUACCUGAUGCAUGACCACGGAAGCCAUUUCCUGAGGAGGACUACAGAUGUUCUACAUAAGUUCCCUGGGAAAGACUUCAACCACAGCACAAACCUCACCUGGGAGGAGCUACAGGAAUUAAACGCUGGUGAUUGGUUCCUGAAGACGGAUCCGUUCUGCUCAGUCUCCCAGCUCUCAGAGCAGGAGAAGAAGACAGCUGGGAACCAGAGUGUUCCCUCCCUUCUGCAGUUGCUGGACCUAGCCAAGACUCAUAAUACCUCUGUCAUCUUUGACCUAAAAAAUGAUGACAACAAUGACACUAUCGACACCGUGAACACCAUCCUCAAAUCUGGCAUCCCCCAAGACCUGAUCCUCUGGCUUCCCCCCAAACACAGGGUGGAUGUGAGGGAGGUCGCACCAGGGUUCAUACAGGUCUACAACGAUGUGUCUGAAAUGGACCUUGACAGAGGAGACCAUCUGAAUGUCAAAUACAGUGCGUUGAGUGCCACAGAGAUUUGGGAGCUUCGGAGCAGGAAUGUGUCAGUGAACCUGUGGGUGGUGAAUGAACCGUGGCUCUUCUCUCUGCUGUGGUGCUCGGGGGCCAACUCUGUGACCACCAACGCCUGCUCCCUCCUACAGGACAUGACCCAGCCUGACUGGACAAUGAGACCUGAUAGAUACAGAAUGAUAUGGAUCACAGUGGACCUGGGGUCAUUGCUCAUAAUGGUCACACUGUUCAUUUUACAGAGGGAAAGAGAAGCAAAGAAAGGAUUUUCCGGCUGGAAUCAGAGAGAAUUGUCCCUCUUCUUACCCUCUGAAUAGUUUGAUUGAAGCCUGAAACAGAACAGCCUGGAUCCAGACACCCCCCCCCCCCCCAAUAAUAUACUUGCUGAAUGGUUAAGCCUUGAAUCAGGAAGGAAUUCGGGCCAUUUAAAUGACAGUAUUUCAAAAAAAUGGUGGAUCACAUACAUAGAGUACAUUUCACUUGCCUGACGACUCAAACUUGGGUGGCAGGUAGCCUAGUGGUUAGAGCGUUGGGCCAGUAACCGAAAGGUUGCUAGACCCAAUCCCCGAGCUGACAAGGUAAAAAUCUGUCAUUCUGCCUCUGAACAAGGCAGUUAACCCACUGUUCCUAGGCCGUCAUUGUAAAUAAGAAUUUGUUCUUAACUGACUUGCCUAGUUAAAUAAAUAAAUAAACUGAAUUAUUCCG